UUAUCAUACAUCUUUUUACAUUACUUUUUAGCACAUUCUCUUUUUUAACUUUUGAUCUCCUAAUUUUUUUUAUCACAUGCUUUUAACUUUAUAUCAUAAUCAUACAUUUUUAGUACAUUUGACCCACUUCUUAUCUAUUUAUCUUUUUAUAAUUCUGAUUUUUUUUUUCCAUAAUCAUUCAUUUAAAUUUCAUAUCAAUUACUUUAUCUCCUAAUUGUUACUUGCCACUGGAACAUUUUUUCAUCAGCUUAGUUUUCUUUUUUUGUUUUCUUUUUUUUUUUUUUGACUAUUUGUCCCUUUUAAAAAAAAAAAAAAAAAAAAAGAAUAAAAAAAUAGGCUUCCAUACAGCGGGAUGAGAAAUCAAAUGAAUGUAUAUAUGUUUAUAGACCUGUGUUGCUUUGGGGGGGACUUGGAGCAGUGACUUGUGUAUUUCUGAGCUGCAGCUCUGUCACAUGAAACGACUCUAACACCUUUACCACAAAAAGCAAAGAGAUAAUGGAGCGCGUGCACAUGUGCUCGUGCGUCUGAUCCGAGGCUCGUGCUGCUGUCCACCGCUCAGGUGCUGAGAGCAGACUGCUGUCACUCCGCACUGCACAGACAGGACGAAACAGAGCCGUAGUCUCUCAAAACAAAAACUUUUUUUUCUACGAGUGAGCGGGAGAUGUUGGAAAACUGCGACCGACGUGUAGAAGUGAAGUUACUUUUGACAGUCGGUCUGUGAUGGAGGUGCGCUUUGGACAGGUGCCGCUCACAGUCACGCACAGGCACGGCGGGGUGAACCAGCUCGGCGGGGUCUUCAUUAACGGACGCCCGUUACCGCACGUGGUGAGACAGCGCAUAGUGGAGCUCGCGCAGCGGGGCGUGCGUCCCUGCGAGAUCUCCCGCCGGCUGCGCGUGAGUCACGGCUGUGUCAGCAAAAUACUGACCAGGUACAAUGAGACAGGAAGCAUCAGACCAGGAGUGAUCGGAGGCUCUAAGCCCAAAGUGGCCACCCCCAGAGUUGUGCAAACGAUCCUGGAUCUGAAACACACCAACCCCUCCAUGUUCGCCUGGGAGAUCCGAGACAGGCUGCUGCUGGAGCGAGUGUGUGACCAGGACAGCACACCCAGCAUCAGCUCCAUCAACAGAAUCAUCAGAAACAAAGUGCAGUCUGACUCCUAUGAAGUUGCAUCAUCAGCAUCAUCUGUUGCCACAGGAACAGCCUAUUCAUCAGAGUCCUCAUAUUCCAUCAGUGGAAUCCUGGGAAUCAGGAAACGCAGCAGCAAACAUAAGGAAGGAGGGGGCGUCUCCUGCUACCACGACCAGCCGUGCUCCUGUAAUGACGCCUGGGGAUGGUGUGACCCCGGCCUUACCUCCGUCUCUAGCCUCACCUUUUACCCCGGCCUGCCAGCUAAUCAUAAUCUAGACCUCUUAGGGCCUCCGUGUCAUUACAGCUGAACUGGGCUGCAAAAGGGCAUUGUCCUCUUUGAAGAAGAUUUCAAGACUGGAUUCUCUGACAUUGUAAUUAUUACAACAUGACUGGCAUCAAUAUCACAAAUACAAAUAUCUUGAAAGUAAAACUGAAGCCUUUCAUGUUUUAUUUACAUAAUUGGGAUUCAAAGGGCACAAGCGCUGUUGUUUCAGAGCCUCAUCAGAACAAAGUAUUAUCCCCUGUCCCUGCCACCCCUGUGGCCAUUUUCUCCUCAGUCAGAGGUGGAGAGGGAGCAUCAUUAGGGGCCCUGUGAUGGAGAACAGUGAUGGUUUUCUCUCCUUAGUGCUGCGUCUCCCUGGCCUCCCCUCGAGCAUGAGGGAUUAAAGGAGGAGAUGGGAGAUAGCCAGAGGGAGCGGCAGGGUCAGAGAACACCGCUGAGAAAGAAAUCUGUGGCCAGCAAUUUGGCAUCAGUCUAUAGGAGGCAUGUAGGGAACAGAUACAUGGAGGCAAAUGUUUACUGCGGAUGCAUUUAUUGAAGAAGCACGCAUCUUAUAUAUGCCAGUAUGUUGAACAUUUUCAGCUACUUGUUUGGGAACAUGGAAUGUUUUGUUGUAUAUGUGUGCGUAUGUCGAGUUCUCUGAGUUUAAGACAGGUUAAAAACUAAAAUACACUGUUAUAAACAAAAGUCCUGCAUUGCACAUGUUAUUAGUAUUACAAAUAUUACAAGUAGAGGUACUCAUUGGAUAAAAAUGUCUCCUGUGACUGUUACACUGAUCUAUAGCCAGAAUAAGUUAUUAUUACUCAGUAAUUGAUGUAAAAACAGGAGUUUUGCUGUUGUCUUUAGUUAAGGUAGAGCUCAUUUUGACCUAUUUUGUAUUUGCAGUGUUUUUUUUUUUUCAUAAUAGAUGAACUUGCUGAUAAUUUUCUGCUAAAAUCUAUUGAUUGUUUUGGUUUUGAAAUUAGUGUGAACAGUCGUCACAGAUGCCCAGAGCUGAAAAAAAGAAGAACUGAAGAACUGGCAACCUGUUGAAUUUAUACUUAAAGGACAGUGGGGUGAGAUGUGACAUUUGUAUUUCCCAGAGAAUGUCCCAAUCAGUGAACACAGUCUCUGUCCUCUGAUUCUAAAUAUGAAUGAGAAAAAACUUUGAAAAGGAGAGGAUGUGGGUGUCUCAAUGGAUGGGUCGCAUUGGAUGGUGCAAAGGAAAUGCAUGCAUAUUUGGGGUGGCUCAUGGGUACAGUCAGCAUCCUGUUAUCAGAAGGUUGCUGGUUCAGUUCCCUUGGCCUGUUCUGCAUAUCAAAGGUCUUGAAUACUCAACCCCAAAACUGCUCCUAAUGUGCUGGUCGGCACCUUGCAUGGCAGCCACUGCCAGCAGUGUAUGAAUUACUGUAAGUCACUUUCAGCGAAAUGUAAAAAACAAGUAUUUAUUUCCGUGGCCUAAGUUUAAUCGAUCCUUCAUUAAUGUUAUUAAUUGUACCUGAGCUUCUCCAGCUGAAUAUCAUGAAUUAAAGAUCUCCUCCAAGUAAGUUUAAACAUGUAUAUAAACUGCUCUUAGUUGAAUAAUUAUUUGUA